AUGGCGCUAAAAGAAGACAGAAAUGGAAACAAAACAGUCUUUACAACGUCUAAGGAGGUUACGGUUGCAGGAAGUUUUGAAGAAAUGAAUUUAAAAGAAGAUCUUUUACGAGGGAUAUAUAGUUAUGGAUAUGAAUUACCAAGUGCAGUUCAAAGUCGAGCUAUUACUCAAAUUCUUAAAGGAAGAGAUGUUAUUGCUCAGGCACAGUCUGGAACGGGUAAAACAGCGACAUUUUCUAUAUCUAUUCUUCAAGUUAUUGAUACGGCAGUUCGAGAAACUCAAGCAUUGGUUCUUUCACCAACACGUGAGCUUGCAGUUCAAAUUCAAAAUGUUUUGCUUGCAUUGGGUCAAUAUCAAAAUGUUCAAAGUCAUGCUUGUAUUGGAGGGACAAAUAUAGGCGAGGAUAUUAGGAAAUUAGAUCAUGGACAACAUGUUAUUUCAGGAACACCAGGCAGAGUAGCAGAUAUGAUCCGAAGAAGAAAUUUGAGAACACGUAAUAUAAAAAUGCUUGUUCUUGAUGAGGCAGAUGAACUGUUAAAUCGAGGAUUUAGAGAACAAAUUUAUGAUGUAUAUCGUUAUCUUCCUCCAGGAACACAAGUAGUAGUUGUUAGUGCAACUCUUCCUUAUGAUGUUCUUGAAUUGACAACUAAAUUUAUGACGGAUCCGGUUCGAAUUCUUGUUAAACGUGAUGAAUUAACCUUGGAUGGUCUUAAACAAUAUUUUAUCGCAGUAGAAAAAGAAGAAUGGAAAUUCGAUACACUAUGUGAUCUCUAUGAUACCUUAACUAUUACCCAAGCAGUUAUAUUUUGUAACACUAGGAGAAAAGUUGAUUGGUUGGCAGAAAAAAUGAGAGAGGCGAAUUUUACUGUAUCAAGUAUGCAUGGAGAUAUGCCUCAAAAAGAACGUGAUGCAAUUAUGGGCGAAUUUAGACAAGGAAAUUCUAGAGUUUUACUUUGUACUGAUAUUUGGGCUCGUGGUAUUGAUGUACAACAAGUUUCUCUUGUAAUUAAUUAUGAUCUUCCGCCUAAUCGUGAAAAUUAUAUUCAUAGAAUUGGACGAAGUGGUCGUUUUGGUAGAAAAGGUGUUGCUAUAAAUUUCGUAACAGCUGAAGAUGUUCGUAUUUUACGUGAUAUUGAACAAUACUAUUCAACACAAAUCGAUGAAAUGCCUAUGAAUAUCGCUGAUUUAAUUUAG